AGUUGAGGCGUUUGAGAGCUGACUGCUGGGAGAGUGGGAGCGCAGUCGCAGGUUAUCCAUCGCCUGAUGCAGGAUACACCGUCAGUCUGGAAUCUUCCUUUACAGAGGCAGGAGGCUCAACAAAACCACUUCAGUCAAGCGGAUCCACAUUGGUGUAUUUUGUACCCAGCUGUCCUUUUUUCACCCCUCCCUGACCAGACUUCACUGUCCUGUGUUUUGUAAAGACAAUUGUUAGCGUGCAUCUGAGCCAGAAGGAGCUUUGCCACUAUUCCACUGGACACUUGGGUUGUUAGAACGUCAUGACAGCUGAGAAAAGCGGGCCUGUUAUAAACGGUAAACCAGAGGAUGGCAAAGACCCUGAAGGGUCCAGCUCCAGCCUGGACAAUGGAGCGUACAAUGAGAGGGGUCAGUGGAACAACAAGAUCGAGUUUGUCUUGUCUGUGGCUGGAGAGAUCAUUGGGUUGGGCAACGUCUGGAGGUUUCCUUACCUCUGCUACAAGAAUGGAGGAGGUGCAUUCUUCGUCCCAUAUGUCAUCUUCUUUGUGUGCUGUGGGAUCCCGGUGUUUUUCCUGGAGACUGCCCUGGGUCAGUUUACCACCGAAGGAGGGAUCACCUGCUGGAGGAAGGUCUGCCCACUGUUUGAGGGUAUUGGUUACGCAACCCAGGUGAUUGAAGCUCAUCUAAACGUGUACUAUAUAGUCAUUCUAGCAUGGGCCAUUUUCUACCUCUUUAACUCUUUCACCACUGAGCUACCGUGGGCCGGCUGUGGGCAUUACUGGAAUACAGAGAACUGCGUUGACUACUACGGAGAAAAUGCUACCAAUGUUACAAGCGCUAAUGCAACAUCUCCAGUCAUAGAGUUUUGGGAACGCAGAGUACUGAAGAUAUCAGAUGGUAUUGAUCACAUUGGGGGAAUGCGUUGGGAGCUGGCCAUGUGUCUGGCCCUGGCCUGGUUCAUUUGCUACUUCUGUAUCUGGAAGGGACCCAAGUCAACUGGCAAGGUGGUGUAUGUAACGGCUACAUUUCCUUAUUUCAUGCUGUUGAUUCUGCUGAUCAGAGGAGUGACGCUGCCAGGAGCGUUUGAUGGUAUCAAGUUCUACCUCUACCCAGACAUCACACGUCUGUCUGACCCUCAGGUGUGGGUGGAUGCAGGAACCCAAAUUUUCUUCUCCUAUGCCAUCUGUUUGGGUUGUCUGACUGCUCUUGGAAGUUAUAAUGCCUACGACAAUAACUGCUACAGGGACUGCAUCAUGUUGUGUUGUUUGAACAGCGGAACCAGCUUUGUGGCAGGAUUUGCCAUCUUUUCGGUGCUGGGCUUCAUGGCCUACGAACAGAAUGUUCCCAUCGAGGCUGUGGCAGAAUCUGGUCCUGGUCUUGCAUUUAUUGCGUACCCUAAAGCUGUGACAAUGAUGCCUCUGUCUCCUCUUUGGGCCUGCCUCUUCUUCAUGAUGCUCAUCUUCCUUGGCCUGGACAGUCAGUUUGUGUGUGUCGAGAGUUUAGUGACGGCUGUAGUGGACAUGUACCCAGAGACCUUCAGGCGAGGUUACCGCAGAGAGCUGCUCAUACUUGGGAUGUCUGUUGCCUCUUUCCUUAUUGGACUCAUCAUGUGUAUGGAGGGUGGGAUGUACGUCUUCCAGCUGUUCGAUGCCUACGCUGCCAGCGGGAUGUGUUUGCUGUUUGUGGCCAUAUUUGAAUCCAUAUGUAUCGGCUGGGUGUACGGCAGUGACAGAUUUUACCUAAACAUUGAGGACAUGAUCGGCUAUAAACCAGUCUUCUUCAUCAAGUGGUGCUGGAUGAUCUUCACACCAGGCAUCUGUUCUGGAAUUUUCUUGUUUUUCCUUAUUAAAUAUAAACCACUGAAGUACAACAAUGUCUACAUCUACCCUGACUGGGGUUAUGCUAUCGGCUGGUUCAUGGCUAUGUCCUCGAUGGUCUGCAUUCCUUUGGGAGUUAUCUGGAUGAUCUGGAAGACUCCUGGCACCUUCUCUGAGAGAAUGAAGAAGUUGACAACUCCCAGCCCUGAUCUGAAAAUGAGAGGAAAAAAUGCUGGGCUCAGUCCUUACGCUGCCAAUGAUGCUAAACCUACGAUUGAUGGGAAAAUUUCCACCAUCUCAGAGAAGGAGACGCAUUUCUAACCAGCCGAGCCGAUCGUCGUCUUCACAGUCAGUACAACAAUACAAUGAAACUAUGGCGAACAACAGCCUCGUUGUUCCGCCACUACAUGAACAGGAAAUGAAAGAAAUGACUUGGAGUGUUAUUUUUUUUCUUUUUUUUUUUUUUAUGUAAAAGAAAAAGGGGGAAACUAUUACAUAUUGAUGUAGUCUGCUUCUGUUUUGCACAAAUUUUAACCCAUUUCUUGUUUUCUGUUAGCAACUAAAGCUGAUAUUUCUUUUUUUCUAACUUUUUUCCAAAUUUGGUUGAUGAUGUAUGUGUUUAAAAAGCAAAAAAAAAAAACAACUUGUCCUGGUACUUUGUCAGUACUGGUCACACUGAGUGUUUGUGCCUUUGUGUUGUGACGGAAAAGGCUCACACUGUACAUUUAUGGGCAAAGUACUGUGCCUGUCUAUUUGGUACUAGCUACCAAAUGUGACUAUCUGUGAUUUCACAGUUAGGGGACUGUACUUCUUUUUUUUUCUUGUGUUAAUCAUUGAUAAUGCAGUAUGCAUUAGUACUAAGACUAUAGGAGGGCAAAGUAUUUCCCAGCAAAUAAAACUAAACAGCUAAGCAACAGAA